CAACUGGAAAAAACCUUCUGUAAUAUUCUUUCACAGAUGAAUCCUCAAUAUAAGAUGACACAGAAUUCAACUUCUGUCACUGAAUUUAUACUCCUGGGACUCUCCAGCGAUCCUCGGGCCCAACUCAUUCUCUUUGGUGUCUUUUUUAUUAUUUAUUUGAUGGCUGUAGUUGGAAAUAUACUUAUCCUUCUUAUUGUCAGCUUAGAUGUCAGACUCCAUAACCCCAUGUAUUUCUUCCUAUGCAAUCUUUCUGUAGUAGAUAUUGGCUACACAUCUUCCACUGUUCCCAAAAUGUUAAUGAAUUAUCUCUCUAAUGAUAAGCAUAUCUCUUUCUCAGGCUGUUUGUCCCAGAUGUACUUUUUCAUCUCCUUUGGUGGCAUUGAAUGUCUUUUAUUGGGCAUCAUGGCAUAUGACCGAUAUGCAGCUAUUUGCCACCCACUGCAUUACGGUGUGCUCAUGAGACCCAAAGUAUGCAUUUGGCUUGCAGUAACUGCUUGGAUUCUUGGCUUGUCUAACUCAGGUGUCCACACUGGCCUUAUGACCUCUUUGUCCUUCUGCCAGGACAAUGUCAUAGCACAUUUUUUCUGUGACAUUCCACCUCUCUUCCAACUGUCUUGCACUGAUACUCAGAUCAAUCAAAUUGCUACUUUUGUAUUUGGAGGAGGUAUAAUAAUGGGUUCCUUCCUAAUGACACUGUUGUCGUAUGUAUAUAUAGCCUUAGCAAUACUCAGGAUUCGGACUAAGGAAGGACGUCUCAAGGCAUUUUCCACCUGUGCCUCUCACCUGACCAUAGUGAACAUUUACUUUGGCACUAUCAUCUUCACUUACAUACGCCCUAAUUCCACUUACUCUCAAGAGCAAGACCAUGCUUUACCAGUGCUCUAUGGGAUUCUAACACCUAUGCUUAAUCCAAUUAUCUACAGUUUAAGAAACAAGGAUGUACAACGGGCACUUCAUAAAAUUUUUCUAUUAAAAUUGUCCAGUAGAUAA